AUGGCGGCGGCGAGGGCUACGGCGGGGCGGACGGCGGUCUGCUGGCUCCGCAACGAUCUGCGGGUGGCCGACUCGGCGACGAUGGACCACGUGGCCAACACGUGCUACGAUGCCGCAGUCUUUGUCUACUGCUUUCAUCCCCGGACGUACACAGAGUCAUGGAUGGGCUUGCCGCGGACAAGCGGCCAUCGUGCUAGGUUCCUCCUCGACACGCUCUCCGAUCUCAGGUCCGCGCUCCGUGGUCUCGGCUCGGACCUGGUCGUCCGCCAUGGUCUGCCGGCCGAGGUCAUCGCCGGCCUGGUCGACGAGCUUGCUGCCGAUGUCGUCGUCUAUCACCAGGCGGUAGGCAGUGAGGAAGCCGACGAUGAGGCCGCGCUCGCAGCUGCGCUCCCGGACGCGGUCACCGUCAAGUCGUUCUGGGGCAGAACCCUCCACCAUCGCGACGAUCUGCCGUUUGCCCUCGCCGACCUCCCGCCGACCUUUACUCCCUUCCGCAAGGCGCUCGAGCGGGCCCACUCUGUCCCGCGGGAGAUCAUCCCGCGCCCAACGUCGUUGCCGCCGCUACCGGACGCCGUCGAGCCCGGCAAGCUGCCGAGCCUGACUGAUCUUGGCCUCGAGCGUCCGCCCGCCGACUCGCGCGCUGUCCACGGCUUUCCGGGCGGCGAGAGCGGAGCGUGGGCAAGAAUCGCUGAGUGGAUGUGGGACGGCGACGCGCUGCGGCGGUACAAGGAGACCCGCAAUGGCAUGCUCGGUGGCGAGUACUCGUCCAAGCUCAGCCCCUGGCUCGCUCUCGGCUGUAUCAGCCCACGCCAGGUCGCAUCCGAAGUUCGCCGCUACGAGGCCGAGCGCGUCGCCAACAAGUCGACGUACUGGCUCAUCUUUGAGCUGCUCUUUGCCGACUACUUCACCUUUUACGCCGCCCGCGCCGGUCGAUCGCUCUUUGCCGCCCGCGGGCCCGCCGAUGUGUCCAAUGCGGCGUGGGAUGGCUCAGAUGCGGCCUUUGCCGCCUGGGCCGCCGGCACCACGGGCAUCCCGCUCGUCGACGCCAACAUGCGCGAGCUGCUCGCCACGGGCUACAUGUCCAACCGUGGCCGCCAGAUUGUGGCCUCGGUCCUCACGAAGAACAUGCGCGUCGACUGGCGCCGUGGCGCUGCUUGGUUCGAGGCCCAGCUCAUCGAUCAUGACGUUGCUCUCAACUACGGCAACUGGGCGUAUGUCGCUGGCGUCGGCGCCGAUCCUCGCCCGGAUCGCUACUUCAACGUCGCUAAGCAAGCCGCCACCUAUGAUCCCGACGGCGCAUACCAAGCCACCUGGCUCCCACCCGCAGACCGUGCCGCGCCGUCGUACCCGGCCACGCCCAUCAUCGACCUCGCCGCCACCUAUCCGUCCGCCCGCAACCAUCCCGCCGCCCGCCGCAGCGCUCCGCGCAAGGGCCGGGGACGUGCCCGAGGCCGCUACGGCCGCAAGCUGCAAAAGCCCAACAAGCGUACUGUGAAGCGGGCCACUCAGCGCGCCGCCCAACUCUCAGAUUGA